AUGUACCCUGCAAAAUCUUCUUUUACGCAGAAGAGUAGUGAAACGGGCGACGGCAUCAAAUCAGACGUGAAAUCACUGCAACGAAUAGUUACAAUUAAGGAGAAGCUGAUAGAAGCACUUAUCAACGACGUUAAGUCUUCGGAGAUCCAGUUAGAGGUUGAGGCCCGAGAGAAUCGGAAUAGACUACCAGAGACGUUACAUCACUAUUCUCACCGGCAAAAUGCUUGUGGAGCCCUUCGAAAUUUAUCUUACGGUAGACAAAAUGAUGAAAACAAGCGUGGAAUUAAAAAUUCUGGCGGAAUAGAAGCGUUGGUUCAUCUUCUUUGUCGUUCUCAAGAGACAGAAGUAAAAGAAUUGGUAACUGGAGUUUUAUGGAAUAUGUCUUCUUGUGAAGAUAUCAAGCGGUCAAUUAUUGAUGAAGCACUAGCUGCAAUAGUCUGCAACGUUAUAAAACCUCAUUCCGGAUGGGAUCCCGUUUGUUGUGGUGACACUUGUUUUUCUACAGUAUUUCGAAAUGCUUCGGGAGUGCUGCGAAAUGUCAGUUCAGCUGGAGAACAUGCAAAAGGGUGUCUUCGCAAUUGCGAGCAUUUAGUGGAAUGUCUUCUCUACGUAGUUCGAGCUGCAAUAGAGAAAAACAAUAUUGGAAACAAAACUGUAGAAAAUUGCGUGUGUAUACUUCGUAAUCUUUCGUAUAGAUGUCAGGAAGUGGAAGAUCCCAACUACGAUAAGCAUCCCUUCAUAACGCAAGAUAGGGCUAUCCCAUCUUCGUCAAAGGGUAAAAUAAAACAAAACAUGAAAUGUCCAUUGUUAAGUCUAUAUUUUUAUUUCUAGGAGAAAAUUUAGGAUGCUUUGGAACAAGUAAAAAAAA